AUGGAUUUCAAUAACAGCUUUUUUGUAAAUAAGGAAAAGCCAUUUUGUCUGUGCUGAGGACUUUGCUCGAAGGCUGUGUUUACGGGGCGUGCCGAAGGCUUUUAAAACCAAACGCAUGAAAAGCCAAAAGCAUAAACAAAAGCGUGAAUGUUGUGAUGGGAGACCCCUAACCUGUCUUUAAGACUCAUGACCCUCGUUUCCCCCACAAAACAGCAUCCGACCUUUUAAUCCACCCCCCACCCCCCAAUAUAAGUACAUAUAAGAGCAGAGGAAGUGGCAGAAACUAGGCCACAAAAGUCGAGUCUUCAGCAGCGGGGAGGUGGGACGUAAGUCUUCAUCACCAGGUGGAGUUCAGAGGAGCCACAUCCUGUCAGCAGACGAGCUCCGAGCUUCAAAGAAACGCUGGCAUCCACGGCAGAGCUGCCAGUACAGGCCUUUCACCAACACUCGCGUGCCAUCCGGCUUUAAAAUCUCCUCAGAUAGUUUGUGGAAAAAUAGGAAAAAGUAAUCUGGUGUCUGAAGUGGACUAAUAAGGGCUCCAUCAAGGCACAAUGGGCGUUAAGAAGACUGGCGCAUUGGCGUUACUGCUUUUCAUCAUCUCACCUGCAGAGGCAUUUUCUAUGUACGACCCCAAAUUCUGCUACAUCCUCGAUCUGUUCCUGUUACUCUACGGCAUCGUCAUCACCGGCCUGUUCCUUCGUAAAAAAUUCAGCAAACCAAAAGAGUCUGUGUACAGUUCUCUACAAGGCCCACAAUCUACUUACGAAGAUUUAAAGAGAGACCCUGAGAGUGGACGUACCCGUGGGGCUCGCAGACAAAUGGACGACGACACGUAUACGCCUCUGCAGAAUAAGACAGACGACACGUACAAAUCCAUCCAACCAAAGAAAGACCGUCGACCCAAUGACCAGGUGUAUCAGGGUCUGAGUACUGCUACUAAGGACACGUACGACUCGUUGCACAUGAAGAACCUGCCGCCUCGUCGCUGAGUUUAAGGCCGAUAAUCAUCAGUGCUUCUAGAAAUUAUAUUUUACAUCCUCGUGUUUUUGGGUCUGGAUGCUCUUCGCUUGAGGCCUGCUGUGUGUGUGUGUG